AUGGGAUCUGCCUCCUCAACUUACCGGCCCAGGUGUAUUUAUUUGGAUAUUGAUGGAAGAAUUCAAAAGGUGCUCUUUAGUAAAUACUGCAACUCCAAAGAUAUUAUGGACCUCUUCUGCAUUGCAACAGGGUUACCAAGGAACACAACCAUCUCCCUUUUGACGGCAGACAAUUGUAUGGUAUCCAUUGAUCCGACAAUGCCUGCAAACUCAGAGAGGUCUCCAUACAAAGUGAUACCUGUUGCCACUGGGCAGCUCUCAGAGAAAGAAGAAUUGUUCCAGAAUUUAUUGGGACAGAUUGCUGAGCAGUUCUCGAGGGUUUUUAAAAUCAAUGAGCUGAAAACGGAAGUAGCUAAUCACUUGGCAAUGCUGGAGAAAAAGGUUGAAUUGGAAGGCCUGAAAGUAGUGGAGAUCGAGAAAUGCAAGAGUGACAUUAAAAAGAUGAGGGAGGAAAUGGCAGCAAGAAGCAGCAGGACUAACUGUCCCUGCAAGUACAGCUUUUUGGAUGAAAACAAGAGGCCGACUCCCCGGCGGGAUGUACCAUCCUACCCAAAGUACAUGCUGUCCCAGGAGACCAUAGAAGCGCUUCGGAAACCAACCUUUGACGUCUGGCUUUGGGAGCCCAACGAGAUGCUCAGUUGUUUGGAACAUAUGUACCAUGAUCUUGGGUUGGUAAAAGACUUCAACAUCAAUCCUAUCACGUUAAAGAGGUGGUUGCUGUGUAUUCAUGACAAUUACAGAAACAACCCCUUUCACAAUUUCCGGCACUGCUUCUGCGUGACCCAGAUGAUGUACAGCAUGAUCUCGCUCUGCAGCCUCCAGGAGAAAUUUUCCCAAAUUGACAUCUUGAUUCUCAUGACUGCAGCAGUAUGCCAUGACUUGGACCAUCCGGGUUAUAACAAUACCUAUCAGAUAAAUGCACGAACUGAGCUUGCGGUACGCUACAAUGACAUCUCCCCACUGGAGAACCACCACUGUGCUGUGGCUUUCCAGAUCAUUUCCCAGCCAGAAUACAACAUUUUCUCCAAUGUCGACCAGGACCAAUUCAAACAGAUAAGACAGGGGAUAAUUACGUUAAUCCUGGCUACAGACAUGGCGAGACAUGCAGAAAUACUGGACUCUUUCAAGGAAAAAAUGGAAAAUUUUGAUUACUCAAAUGAAGAGCACAUGACCUGUCUGAAGAUGGUACUGAUAAAAUGCUGUGAUAUCUCCAACGAAGUCCGCCCGAUGGAAGUAGCGGAGCCCUGGGUAGAUUGCUUACUAGAGGAAUAUUUUAUGCAGAGCGACCGAGAAAAAUCUGAGGGGCUUCCAGUGGCACCGUUCAUGGACCGCGACAAAGUGACCAAGCCGACAGCACAGAUCGGCUUCCUGAAGUUCGUUCUCAUCCCCAUGUUCGAAACAGUAACAAAGCUAUUCCCAGAAGUGGAGGAGGUGAUGCUCCAGCCCCUUUGGGAAUCCAGGGACCACUAUGAGGAAUUAAAACAGAUAGAUGAUGCUAUGAAAGAGUUGCAGAAAAAGAAAAGUGAAAGUUUGACCACCGCCAGUACCGAAAAGUGAGACGAAAAAGUCUUUGAGCAAAACAUAAGCCCAAAGGUUAUCCUGUUCUUGAGAAAUGCUGUAUUUGCCAAACAGAUGUGGUGGCUACAUCAAAAUCCAGCUGGGACCAUGUACUCGGAGAGGUGGCAGGCACGAAUGCCCUGCCUGCCUGUCUGCCUGUCUGGGCGCCUUGUCUACAGCCUGCAGCCUGCUCGCACAGGCGCUGCCGCCGUCGGGCACCAAGGGCUCCCCUCACUCGGGCAUGCCCAUCGCAGCCCCUCCGGCAGGACCUCCCCUGCGGACUUGCACAGGUUGCAGCACGGCUCAAAUCUCCAGCAGAUUUGCCUUUUUGGUGACCACACUGACCGCAGUCUGUAGAGACAAAGCGGAGUUUAGCUAAGGAGCCUUUUCUGGAAAAUGAUCCACUGGCAUCCAAAAACAAGAAAAAGUUGUUUUAGUCAAGAUACUAUAUGUAUGUGUACAGCAGUAUGCUAAUUACAGCAUAGCUUAACAGAUGCUUAUAUUCUGACAGGGGUCCUGGCAUAUAUUUUUGUUUGCCUAGUAGGCCCUAAUGACACAUUUCUCUGUAUUAUUCUCUGAAUUUUAUAGUGUUCACAGUACAUUCAGAAGCCCAGC